AUGCUAGGCCUUCGACAGGGCAGAACGUACCGCAGUGGUACUACCAGGACUGGGCUGGCGAGCACGGGUACGUCGGAUCGGACGGUGCCAAUGGUUCGCAAGGAGGGCACACAGCGGUGGCACACGCUGCGAGACGUGCUCGACCUUCGACAGCUGCUGCGCGCGCGGAAACACGGGCAGGCCGCUCCUGAUGGCUCGGCAACAGCAGCAGGAGCAGGAACCCCCUCACGGACGGCUGUCUCCUUAGAAGCCGCCACUGCCGCGUCAGCAGCUGCGCUGGCGGGGAUCUCUCCGCGGCGAGACGGGUCCCCUGCUGCCGCCACGUCAGCCGCCGCGUCAGCAGCCGUGCCAGUUGUCAGCCUGAUUUCCGCAGACGACCCAAUCACAAAUCUGUUCAAGACGCCCGGGCAGGAGUGGUUCUACGUGGACAUGCACGGGGAUGUGCAGGGCCCCUUCAGCUCACAGAAGAUGCAGCGCUGGUGGACCAAUCCCCUCUAUAAGGACCACUUCUCCUCGCUAAAGUGCCGCAGAGGGCACCAUGGCGAGUUCCGCCUGCUGCCUGAAAUAGCAGAGGAGGUGGCAACGAGAGGGCCUCCUCCGGAAUCACCCAAGCAACUUGGGUAUAGAGACCCUGGCAGCGCGGGCAAGAAGGCUCCGAAGAGCGAGCGAUACGUGCGGUCGGGGUCAAGGAAGGAGGAGAGCGACCUGGCCAAGGAGGUGGAGGAGCUGAAGCAGCAGGUGGAGCGACUGGAGGUGGACAACGAGGGGCUGAGGAACUCGCAGGAGGACACCUUCAUUCUACGCAUGCAAGUCGAGCGCUUGCUGCGAGAAAAGGCAGAGCUGGCACGCGAGGUCACGAUGCUGAAGAGGGAGAAGGAGUCUCUCCAGGAGCUGCUGCAGUACGCGCAGCAGUUUGACAUUGCAGACGAGGGCGUGGCUGAUGAGCUGAUAGCGGGCGAGGAGGGCGAGGGGAUGGGUGGGAACGAGUGGGGGGCGGGCGAGGGGGACCGGGCCACAGAGGAGUGGUUUCAGAUGCUCGAGGCUGCCUCUCAUAAAAACCCCAGCGACUUAGAGGAGAAUUAA